UAGACGUUAGUCGUUACCACCAUUUAGCAUCGCGUUACAUGGGGUAUAAUUUGUAUAGACAAAACAUGAGACACAAAGAAAGACCAUAAACUAAAAUUAGACAGCAAGACAAUACUGAAUGUCCUAUGCAUGUCCGACUCUGUUGGAUCUUUGAUUCAGUCUUCUCUCUUCACAACCUCUCUUUUCUUCUAUUUUUACUUCCUUCAACUCCCAUUUUACUCCUUCAUUUGUUUUCUCUUCUCUCCACAAACAUAAAAAAUGGCGUUUGGAAAGGGACGUGGAAACAAACGCUCUUCUUCGACGUCUUAUGCGUCGACCAUUACAAUGGUCGUCUUUGUGGCUCUAUGUGUCAUCGGUGUCUGGAUGCUUUCUUCCAACUCCAUUAUUCCACCACAGAUAUCACAAGCCAACACAAGAACGGUUAUAUCAGAGACGGAAAGGGCUGAUGUGUCUGCCUCUUCAAACGGUAACGAUGAACCCGAACCAACAAGACAAGAGUCUGAUGAGCAUCCAACGUAUGAGGACAAUCCGGGAAAGCUUCCAGACGACGCCAUAAAGUCUGAAUACGAACAGCAAAAGUCAGCUAAAGAGAAGAAUGAAAAGACGAGCUCAAAGGCAAGAGACGAGGUACAAAGAGAGACUCAAAGCCAAGAGAUACAACAGGACAAUAAUAAGAUUCCUGAAGAGAAAGAAAAAGACAACAAGAUGAUGCAAGAGAGUGAUGAGGGUCAGGUAAAACAAGUGGUCAAGGAGUUUGAGAAGGAACAGAAAGAACAACGCGACGAGGACUCUGGUGCUCAAUCAGGUAACAACAAAGGAACACAAGAGCAAGAGCAAGAGCAAGGACAAGGAAAAGAGUUUCCGGACGUGGAACAAGGAAAGAAAGAUCAGGAUUCCAACGCAGAGGUGACAUACACAGAUAAGACCAAAGAAGAACAACCUAUGGAGACGGAGCAGGGUGGUACAUCAGAGAACUCAAAGAAUGAAGAAAACGGACAGCAACAACAACAACAAGACGAUCAAAACUCAGGUAAGGAGGAAAAUAUGGAGAACAAUACAACUAGUGAAGAAAACGAAAAGGAGCAGAAGAGCACAAAGGAUGAGAACGGACAACAAGACGAACAUAACACAACAGAAGACGAAAGCGGAAGCAAAGAAGAACAAAGCACAACAAAGGAAGACAAUGUGGAGCAACAACAAGAAGAGCAAAAAGAAGAGAAAAGACAAGAGAGUUCAGAAGCAAGCGGGUUCGGUUCUGGAAUACCAAAAGAAUCAGCAGAAUCACAAAAAUCAUGGAAGAGUCAAGCAACAGAAUCUAAGGACGAGAAACAAAGACAGACGACAGAAUCAAAUACCAUAGAGAGUAUAAUGGUUGGAAAGGCAUGGGAGUUGUGCAAUGCAACUGCUGGUUAUGAUUAUAUACCAUGCCUAGACAACGAAGCAGCUAUAAAGAAACUAACAAGUAGAAGACAUUUUGAGCACCGAGAGAGGCAUUGCCCAGAAGACCCACCAACUUGUCUUGUCUCCCUCCCAGAUGGGUAUAAGGAGUCCAUCAAGUGGCCAGAAAGCAGAGAUAAGAUAUGGUACCACAAUGUCCCACACACAAAGCUAGCAGAGGUGAAAGGUCAUCAGAACUGGGUGAAGGUUACUGGUGAGUUCUUAACGUUUCCUGGAGGUGGAACACAGUUCAUCCACGGAGCUCUCCACUAUAUCGAUUUCCUUCAGCAGGCUUUGAAAAAUAUUGCUUGGGGUAAACGUACUAGAGUUGUAUUAGAUGUUGGAUGUGGAGUGGCGAGCUUUGGUGGUUUCUUAUUUGAAAGAGAUGUUAUAGCCAUGUCGCUUGCACCAAAAGAUGAACAUGAGGCUCAGGUUCAGUUUGCUCUUGAAAGGAAGAUUCCAGCCAUCUCUGCGGUGAUGGGCUCUAAGAGAUUACCCUUUCCGAGUAGAGUGUUUGACCUUAUCCACUGCGCACGUUGCAGAGUCCCUUGGCACAAUGAAGGUGGUAUGCUUCUUCUAGAACUGAAUCGGAUGCUUCGCCCUGGAGGUUAUUUUGUCUGGUCAGCAACACCAGUAUACCAGAAGCUCGAAGAAGAUGUUCAAAUCUGGAAAGAGAUGUCUGCGCUGACAAAAUCCAUGUGUUGGGAACUUGUGACAAUCAACAAGGAUAAACUCAAUGGUAUUGGUGCUGCCAUCUACCAGAAACCUACCACGAAUGAAUGUUAUGAGAAACGAAAGCGAAACAGGCCUCCCAUGUGCAAAAAUAAUGAUGAUGCAAAUGCAGCCUGGUACGUACCGCUACAAGCAUGCAUGCAUAAAGCUCCCACCAAUGUGGUCGAGAGAGGGAGCAAGUGGCCUGUGAACUGGCCACGUAGGCUUCAAACACCUCCUUACUGGCUAAACAGCUCUCAAAUGGGGAUCUAUGGGAAACCAGCUCCUCGAGACUUCACUACAGAUUAUGAACAUUGGAAGCACGUUGUUAGCAAAGUAUACAUGAACGAGAUAGGGAUCAGCUGGUCUAAUGUGAGGAAUGUAAUGGACAUGCGAGCUGUCUACGGAGGGUUUGCAGCAGCUCUAAAGGACUUGCAAGUGUGGGUCAUGAACGUAGUAAACAUUAACUCACCAGAUACAUUACCGAUAAUCUACGAGAGAGGCUUGUUCGGAAUAUAUCAUGACUGGUGUGAAUCUUUUAGCACAUACCCUCGGAGUUAUGAUCUCUUGCAUGCAGAUCAUCUCUUCUCCAAGUUGAGACCAAGGUGCAAUCUUGUUCCAGUAAUGGCAGAAGUGGAUAGAAUAGUAAGACCAGGAGGUAAACUAAUAGUCCGUGAUGAAGCCAAUGUGAUAAGAGAGAUAGAGAACAUGUUGAAGUCAUUGCACUGGGAUGUUCAUCUAACCUUCUCUAAGCACCAAGAAGGAAUAUUAAGUGCACAAAAAGGAUUCUGGAGACCAGAUACUUCUCCCUGAAAUAUUAAGAAGAUAAUAUUUAUGAAAUCUGCAACUGGAGCAGCAUUAUAUAAUAUACAUUUAUUUAUAAGGCCAAAAAUCAUUUCAUGUUUCUAGAAUUUGAUUAAAAAUUUGUUAACUAUAAGCAAUAGU